AUGAAAACAGUACGUCUUCUUCUCCAGUCCGACCGGCGCACGCGUCACCACAUGAUGAUCGACGGUGAGAUCAACCCUAGAGAGUGGUUCAAUUGGCAUCCAAAGGAGUACCAGCCAUGGUACUUUGAUCGUCAUAAAUUCCUCUACGAGCAGGGCCAGUACGCCGCCUAUCACCACCUGCUGUGCCAUCAGGCCUAUCUAAAAGAUAUGGAGCAUCUCACUCGCUAUCCCGAGCCGCGCACAGUCAUUAUCGACUGCCGUAUGUCACCAGCAAAAAUGCACCGCUGGGUGCCGCAUAGCAUGUGGCUGCCGCGCGAUGAGGUCGAGUACGCCUUGCAGCUCACCAACGACGAGUUCCAAGAAAUGUACGGCUUCCCAAAGCCAGCCAAGGACGACGACGUCAUAUUGAUCUCGCACAACGGUCUGGCAUCCGAGCAGGCUGGCUGGGAGUGGCGCAAGCAGUACUACCAACACGUGUACAACUACCGCGGCGGCACGAAUGAGCUCUUCGGGGAGGACUACCAGGAUUUUGUGCUCAAGGACCGACUGGAUCCGUGGAAGGGGCCGUACCCGCAAAAGAGCAUCUUUGUGGAUAAGUGGAGUAAGCGCAAGGUGCUCACACGCACUGGUCCGUUUGACCGCGAGUACGAGAUGCAGGAUUUUGCGCUCCCAGACUUGGAACUAGAGAAACCGCGGCACUCCGAUGAUGGGCCACGUCAGAACAUGCCGUAUGGUCUGCAGUAG